AUGGUGUUCGGUGCAAUGAAGAUGCCCGGUCAACUUAAUGUGCGAGAGCUACUCUAUCUCGCUCGAGAAGCAAUAUCGCUACGGCAGAAGGUGGUUGUCACCCGACAAUCACUCCAGUUUCUCAAGCGGUGCAAAGCAAGUGACAUCUCCCCAAGAUUCGUUAUGAACAAGGAACUCGGAUCAUAUCAUUAUCAGGCAGAGGUCUAUUUUAUUCGAUGCUGCUUAAAUGCGCCACCAAGGAAGAGUCUUGCAGAAGGUUACUACCGCAAGAAACGUGGAGAACGAUUGAUGGUGAUUUCAGAAGAUAUGCGAGCCUAUCCGUUUGAACGCGAAAACUUCUUUUUAUGCAAAGUACAGCUCUUUGAGCGACGAAUAGUGGGAGAAUGCUUUUCGCAACAAGGUCGUUCCACAACUCCCACGGAGGCCGGACCGCAAAACCCUCGACAACUGAACUUUGAGUGUGAGGCGGCAAAAGUCACAGUAGUUGGUAACGCACAAAUUUUCUCGGAAGCUAUGGAUUUCCUUCAUUUGGGGUCAUCAUUUUCACUAACGCAAACGAUCAACCCGAUGACAUGCGUAAAGUUCUGUGCGGUUUGCAAAAGCUAA